GCAGCGUAGUGGAGGUGUAAAUCAAGAUUUUUGGUUGAAAGUUCGUGAAAUUGAAGUUCUGGAAACUUUGUCAAAUUUGAAAAUUUUUCUUCAAAAGAGGACAGCAGUACGGGACAGACGAUUGGCACAUGGCGUGAAUCAGAAGGUACAUUUUAGGAUGGAGCCUUCACGUGUUCAUCCCGGUCCCUUAGAGUAUAGUGUGCUCAAGCUGCAGUCUAUGCAUAGGUCGCAUUUUGUUUGGGAAGGAGACAUUGGGGAUACUGAUCUAGUCCAUCCACGCCGUGUGGACGGUAACUUUUGGCGUCAUAUGCGAGAUCAUCCCCAGUGCGAUCGUAUCAUCCAAUGCUUAUACGGAUCAGCAUUCUGGGGAGUGUAUGCCGUCGGUAGGAUACAACUUGAUUGGCCAUUGAUCACAGCGCUUUUGGAGCGUUGGCGCCCAGAGACACACACGUUUCACUUUCGAAGUGGUGAGGCAACCAUCACACUACAAGACAUUGAGAUUAUGUACGGGCUCCCCGUAGAUGGACAACCUGUGCACGCUGUAGAGGAGCAGUCAUGUUCUAUGUGGCAGGAUGAGAUGGAGCGUCUGACUGGUUUUCGCCCCCCUGUAGCAGCGUUGAAGGGUUGCAGAUUGAAGAUAUCUGCCAUUGAUGCACAUGUUACCCAGUUAGCAGAUCUUACCGAUGAUGAUCCUGAUGAGGAGGUCCAUAAGCGAUGCCGGCUUUACAUUUUAUGGAUGAUUGGUGGCCUCAUCUUCCCUGACACUUCAGGGAACAGAGUUAAUUUGGAGUUUUUGCCCUUGCUCGAGGAUCUUGGCAAGACUGUACACUAUAGCUGGGGAUCUGCUGCACUAUCUUACCUGUAUAGGUGUUUGUGCCGAUCGUCCAUGGAGCAAAAAUCAGACAUUGGUGGCUUCUUGUCUCUUUUGCAGGUAUGGGCUUGGGAGAGAUUGUUAUCUAUACAGCCGAUUCCUCGUCCCCAGCCCCCCUUGAACCCUGAUGAAGUCCCUCCUCCUGAGCCACCUUCACCUCCUCCUUAUGCAAAGAAGUGGGGGAGAGGUGUGGACCGUGAUAUCGUUGCAGGCCACUUCCUACCGUUGUAUAGGGACCAGUUUGAUACUAUGACACCUGAUCAGUUCAUCUGGCAACCUUACGAUGAGGGAAUCAUAGCUGAUUUACCAGAGCGGUGCUCCCGUGGGCGACACGUGUGGAUGGCAUCUGUGCCACUUAUUUGUCAAAAUAUAGUGGAGGAUCACGUGCCAAAACGUGUGUUACGGCAGUUUGGGCUUGCGCAGGGUGUUCCAGAUAAUAAUCAGUGGGAAGACGGACACUUUUUGAGGGAUAAACGUUACAAGGCUGAUCCUGUUUUUCAGCAGUUCAUUGCUGAACAGACUGCUUUGUGGGGGCAGAGAGCUGAUCGUGUUGUGCAAGACGUUCCUGCGCAUGUUACCAUCCCCAAUGAUGAUCCUUACAUGAUUUGGUAUAGGAGAAUCACGCGCACUCUGAUUGGGAAUCCUGUGCGACGUGCUGACAGAGGUUAUCAGUCAUAUGCAGGCCAGCACGAGGCAUUGGGAAGAGCAUUGCAUUAUCUUUAUCGCAUGGGCUUGGAGAUGCAGCAGGAAGCUGUUGAUGAAAGAGUUAGAGGGUGGGCUCGGACUGUGAGCUCCGUAUCGGCCGAGGCUUUACUUGCUGCAUCCCAGGGUCGCAGAUUAUCUUUUGAUGCAGAUUAUGCACCGCCUGCCAAGUAUGAAGAUGGGCCCGCUCUGACUCUUCGUAGACGUUGCGGUGCUGGUCGCGCUCGAGGUGGGCGACAGGGUGGUACAGCUUCACCCGUGGGUCAUCAUCUGGUUGACAAGGAUGAUGAUGAGGAUUCACUACUCUCUGUAGCGACGUUAAGUACUUCCCGUGAGUUCAGACAACGCAAGUCUAAAAGAAAGUCAGGAUCUUCAACGGCUGCAGAUUUUAACAAAAAGGCUAAGCAGAAAGAUCAACCUGCUGAAAAUGGGAAGGAGGACAGUGGCAGCAAGUCUAAAAGGAACUCCGAAUCCUCCUCGUCUACAGAAUCUAGCGAAAGGGCUAAGCAGAAAGAUCAACCUGCUGAAAAUGGAAAGGGUAAGCAGAAAGAGGGACAAGUAGAAAAUGGAAACGACGAUGUACAAACUGGAGAAAAAAACUCCAAAGGCGACGAUAGUGCUAAUGUAAAUAAGGAGAUUCUUGCACAGCCUUCCUAGGUAGGAACAGAAGUAGGAAGUUUGCCUAUUUCCAUUGUAUUUCCUGCUCAUCUGUUGUCAACAUCGAAAUCUGUAAUACUGUGUUUGGUAGAUGUUGGAUGAUAGUUGAGUUAUGACUUAUGACAGAGCAAAAUGAAAAUAGUAACGAAUCUUUUCUAGAUUGACAAAGGAAAAAUAGAACAAAACCUACACAGGCUUACAGGCAGCAAUUGUUCACUUCAAUAAGUUAAUAUUUUUUUAUUCUUUA